AUGAGUCAACAUUCACGACUCAACGGAUACACCAACCCAAUACUCCCGGGUUGGAAUCCAGACCCCAGCUGUAUUUUUGUUCCAGAGUGGGACAACACCUUCUUUUGCGUGACUUCAUCCUUCAUGAUAUUUCCCGGCCUUCCUCUAUACUCGAGCAAAGACCUGGUCAACUGGAAGCUCGGCUGCAACAUCCUGAGCCGCCGCGGACAGGUUCCAGAGCUUGGCUUGCACGAUGUACAGGAUAAUGGCAUAUUCGCUCCCACUAUACGCUACCACGACAAGAAAUUCUACGUGAUUGUCGAAUACGUCACAAUCGGAGAUGCCGAGGCUUCUUUUGGUCUUGUCUUUUCCUCGUCAGACCCAUUCGACCCAGAUUCUUGGACCGAUCCCAUCAUUUUUCGACACCCCCAGUUAAUCCUUGACCCUGAUAUCUUCUGGGAUGACGACGGAAGGGUCCUUGUUCAGGCUGCGUCUUUUCGUCAGGAAAUCAUCCAGUUCGAAAUAGACCUCGACACCGGCGCAACAGGACCUGAAAAGACCCUCUGGAAAGGCACUGGCGGGAUAGCACCAGAAGGCCCACAUCUGUACAAGAAAGACGGCUGGUACUAUCUUCUCAUCGCCGAGGGCGGCACAGACCUCCCGCACUGCGUAACCGUCGCUCGAUCGCGAAACCCGACCGGGCCGUUCGAGGGUUUUGCAGACAACCCCAUCCUCACGAACCGCAAUACAAGCGAGUACUUCCAGACGAUUGGCCAUGCCGACUUUUUUCAGGACGGAGAUGGCAACUGGUGGGGAGUGGCAUUGGCGACACGCUCGGGACCUGAGUAUGUGAAUUACCCCAUGGGCCGAGAGACGGUCUUGCUCCCUGUGUCUUGGGCAGAGAACGAUUGGCCUCGGCCGGAGCCAGUUGAAGGAUGGAUGAGUACCUCGCUCCUACCAGAGAGCGAUCUCAGAGUCCUUGGAUCGGGGCAGUUUGUCGACCAAGGGGACGAACUCGACUUUGCCGUGGGUUCAAACUUCCCACUGCACUUUGUCCACUGGCGCUUCCCCCCUGAAAACUCAAUCUCAAUCUCACCACUCGGCCACCCCAACAGCCUUUGCCUCGUAUCCUCACAGCAAUCACUAGAAGGAAAAUUCAAGGACAGUCAAGGCCUGACGUUUAUAGGUCGUCGACAAACAUCGACCCUAUUCAACUUCAGCAUCGAGCUCCAGUCACCGCUUAUCCUCUACGAGAACGAAGAAGUAGGCGUGACCGCGUUCCUCACGGAGCUACAGCACGCAAGCAUCAGCUUCACCUGGGUGAAAGGCAAAGACUCUGUGCUGCGCCCACAUCUUCGGUUCCGCCAGACCGGAUCAUGCUCCGACGACGACUUGACUCCUCUCCCAGACAACUCGUCUGGUCGAAUUAGGUUGAGCAUCAAGGCAGAGGACGCGCUGGAAUAUAUCCUUUCAGUAACAAUCUUGGACGAGGACGGCCAAGACCGAGGCUUUUACAUAUCCCGAACCGCUCCCACUUCCACGACGAGCGGAGGAGUGGGGCGCUGGGGAGGCUCGCUUCUAGGAGUGUAUGCUACGACCAACGGUGGCUUGGAUAAGAGUGAGGUGUAUGUGAGGCGAUGGAGGUAUGAAAAUCUGGGGCAAAUGAUUAGCAGCACAGAAGUUAUUCGUCCUGUCAGGGCAUCUUGA